GGCGCGCGACAAGCGGCGGGGCGCAAUGGCUGCGUGGCGCGAACGAUUGGCCGGGGUGCGCGGGGUGCUGCUCGACAUCUCGGGCGUGCUGUACGAUGGCGGCGCGGGUGGCGGCGUGCCCAUCGCCGGCUCCGUGGAGGCGGUGGCGAGACUGAAGCACUCCCGGCUGAAGAUGCGGCUCUGCACCAACGAGUCCCAGAGGUCCCGCGGGGAGCUGGUGGGGCUGCUUCGCAGGCUGGGCUUCGAUGUCUCCGAGGCGGAGGUGACCGCCCCAGCCCCUGCUGCCUGCCAGAUCCUGAGGGCACGAGGCCUGCGGCCACACCUGCUCAUCCACGAAGGGGUCCGCUCGGAAUUUGAUCAGAUUGACACUUCCAACCCAAACUGUGUUGUAAUUGCGGAUGCAGCAGAAGAGUUUUCGUAUCAGAACAUGAAUAAAGCUUUUCAGGUGCUGAUGGAGCUGGAAAAUCCUGUGCUCAUAUCCCUGGGGAAAGGACGCUACUACAAAGAGACCUCUGGCCUGAUGCUGGACGUAGGUGCCUACAUGAAGGCACUCGAGUAUGCCUGUGGCAUCGAAGCUGAAGUGGUGGGGAAGCCUUCUCCGGAGUUCUUCAAGUCGGCCCUGCAGGAGAUGGGCGUGGAAGCUCACCAGGCCAUCAUGAUCGGAGAUGACAUCGUGGGUGACGUCGGUGGGGCCCAGCGGUGCGGGAUGCGGGCGCUGCAGGUGCGGACCGGGAAGUUCAGGAGAUUAAACAAGCAACUGAGAGAAGCAGAGAUGCGGGAAGAGAGAUGCCAGGCCACAUGAAGAUCACCCAGGAGCAGAAGCUCAAAAAAAAAGACAAGGAACUUCCUCCAGAGCUGACAUAGAGAGAAGGCCUCUCCUUGGAGCCAGUGCCCUGAAUUCGGACUUCUAGCUCCCUAAACUGUGAGAAAAUACAUUCAUCAAAAAACAUUUGUUGCUGUUGAGUCAAUUCCCACUCAUAGCGACCCUAUAGGACAGAGUAGAACUGCCCCAUAGGGUUUCCAAGGAGUGGCUGGUAGGUUCAAACUGCUGACCUUAUGGUUAGCAGCCGAGCUCUUAACCACAAAACCACCAGGGCGCCAUUUCUGUCAUACCCAGUGCCCCAGUGCUGUUGAGUCGAUUCCGACUCAUAGCGACCCUAUAGGACAGAGUAGAACUGCCCCAUAGAGUUUCUGAGGAGCACUUGGCAGAUUCGAACAGCUGACCCCUUGUCAUAAAAAAAAUGCACUAAAUAACUAAGACACCCUUCUUCUUCACCCUUGCUUUCUGCCGGGGCUGCUAGAAGGUGCCUUGCUGCCUGGUAUGGGGCAGAGGUGGGGCCUGUUAGAGCCACCCGGGGCCAGGCUGCACACACUCACACACGCUCACACCUGGGUCCCACACGCACACUCUCACUCAUGCUUACAUCCAGGUUCCCCUCAUAGUCACACGUGCUCACACCUGGCCCCCCCCCCACAUAUACACGCAUGCUCACACACAGGUGCCACACAUAUUCACACCUAGGCCCUCACACACCUCCAGGCCUCACACAGGGAUCUGCCCACACACCCACACACAGACUCACACCCAGACUCCUGGCCCACACACACUCACACGCCCUCUCUUUCUCUCUCGUGGCUGCUGUGUGUCUGCUGCCAAGACUGGGGCAGACUGGCCCGGUGGGUUGCACCUGAGAGCCAGGCCCCAGGGGUGCUGCUGACUGGGCCUCCCAGAGCUCCCCGCCUCCCGGGGCUCUGCCCCUUCCUCUACCACCCCCGUGGGCGCAGUCGAUGAGGAGUAGGGUACACUGAGGAGCUCCCUGCCAGCUCCAGAGAGACUCUUCCGUCAGCCUGGGGACCCCAGGAUGUAAAGCAGGUGGAGGCGAGCCAGCGCCUUUUUCCUUUUCCAGCUGGCACCUUCUCAGGGAAGAAGCCUGAGCACCACGCUGGCUCAGGUAGGGGAGGUUACCAUGGCCUCCCAGCAUUCCUGAGAUUGCAGGGGCGGCCCAGCGUCUACCUGAGUAGGACAGUCCUCUCACUCCCCGCCCCCCUGGGGCCCCUUCUGUCCCUUUCAUGACUCCCCACCUUUGUUCAUGCUGGGCUCGCCACCCCUCUGUCACCCCCUUCCACGGCUGGCCUGGAUACUCCUGGCUCUUCCAGGCCCUUCCUGGUGAUGGAGUUCUCAGAGUCCUCCCGAUUGGAAGGGCCGCUAGGGAUCACCUGCUCUGUACAGGGAGCUGAGAAGUUGUGCCAUAAUCCCAGGGCAAGCUGGGGUCUGCACUGGCCCCACAUUGGGGCCGCUUCCGUUGUACCCAAAACACGCCCCCACCUCCAGGAGAAUUACUCGGGCCCUCCUUGAGUUACCAUAGUUCUUAUUUUCAAAUAAUUUUGAAAAGUUUCAAGAAUAGCACAAAGAAAUUCCACAUACCCUUGUCCCACAGAGAGGCCCCAUUCAAGUCCCUUCAGUUAUUCCAUGAACGUCCUUUCCAAGCUGGGGUCGUGCAGUUUGGGAUCCUCUCUAGACUCUCAGUUGGAGCAGCUCCCCAGCUUCUCCUUGACUUUCACAACCUUGACAGCUUUGAAGGUCACAGGCCAUUUUGUAGAGUGGCCCUCAAUUUGGGCUUGUCCAGGGUUUCCCAUGAUAGAACCAGGUUAUAAGUGCAUUUGGAGCCAGAGCAUCACAGAGGUAGUGGUGUGUCCUUCUCAGUGCAUCCUACCAGGAGGCACGCCAUGUCUGUUCGCCGCAGUACUGCUAGUGUUAACAGUGGUUAAGACGGUGAUUAAGAUGGUGAUUGCCAUAGAAUUAUGUAAAGUUAGGAUUUUUUCCCUUUGUGAUUAUUUUUUCCUUUGUGUGUUUUUGGGAGAUGCUUUGAGACCAUGUGAAAUCCUAUUCCUCACCCUAUUUUCAUCCACUUGUUUAAUUAAUUUAAUAAUUAAUUAAUUAUUUCUAUGAUUUCUAUAAAUCUAUCAUUUUUUCUUUUAUUUUGGUGAAGCAUAUAUAACAAAGAGCCCUAGUGGCUCAGUGGUUAAGAGCUCAGGCUGCUAACCAAAAGGUCGGCAGUUGGAAUCCACCAGUGCUCCUUGGAAACUAUGGGGCAGUUCUGCUCUGUCUAUAGGGUCACUAUGAGUUGGAAUUGACUUGACUGCAGCGGGUUAUAUAUAACAGAACAGUUGCCACUUCAACCAUUUUUCUCUGUAGAAGUCCGUGACAUUGGUUACGGUUACCAUAUUGUGUUACCAUCACGGCUAUCUGUCUUCAAAUUUUUUCAUCACCCUUCACAGAAACUCAGCACCCCGUAAGCAAUAUCUGCCUAUUCUCCCUCCCA